AACUAAUAAAAUUUCUUUACUAUAAAAAAAAAAAAAAACUUGCAAGAGCGGUGAAAUAAAAGGACCAAACUGUAAUUAACUAACGUAUAUAUUUUGACGAUUUUAUUUUUCCAGAAAAACAAAAACCCCUGAACCCAAAUUUGGGAAUGAAUGAAGUUGCAAAGUAGCAAAUUGUGAGCGUGAUCGCAACCUCCAACAACCGUAGAUUUGAGUUGAAUUGGAUCGACCGAGAGAACUCUCAACAAUGAAGAAGAAGCGCAAAGAUGAUGAUUCAUCAGAGUACCUUCACUCUUCCCCUCCAACAAAAUCCAGAAGACUACUACUCAACUCUGAGAUAACAAUGGAGGAAGAUACUCAUGCAAAUGUGCUGCUAUAUCAUCCCUCUAACUUCAAUUCCAAUAAUACCCCUCUUCUCAACUCACCUACCUCACCUGGUUUAAACGAUUAUCUAUUGUCACGGGAUACUACAAAGCUAGAUAAAUUUGAGGAAGAUGAAAUGACGAGGGAGAAGAGAUCCGAAGUUUCAAAAGAGUGUUUGGCUGUUAUCCCAUGGGUUCCUAAUCCUCUUAUGGCAUGGAAAGAAAUAGUACCAGAAACAAGUCAAAUUUUAGAGGCAGAAGAUAGUGAAAUGAUGGAGAUGGAUGAACCAUAUGCCAAUAACAACAAUGGUAAGCUGGAGGCAUGUGGAGUAUCAUCAGCACGGCAACAACAACAAUGUAUGAUGGCUAAUAUGUUACAACCUCAGUUUGGUACAUAUUUCUGGUAGGUCAUUAACCUCUCUAGUGACAUGCAUGUUGUACAUAGUGGUAGCAUGUUUAGGAGAACAACUGAACUAAGUGCUCAAGUUUCACAGUAGUAAAGGUUUCUAUUUGUUGCUGGAACGAGUCUACUUUCAACUCCUGUUCCUAGUGACUAUCAGAGCUUGUGUCAAGUAUAUAAAACUGGAACAAACAGAUACUGGUUUUUAUAUACAUUAUUUUUAGAUUGUGUUAACCA